AGGCCCAGGGGUAAAAUUCCCCAAUGCAGGUGGUAAAUCAGACCUUGGUGACAGAGUUUAUCCUUCGAGGCUUUCCUGGAUCCCCAGUGCUGCAGACUUCUCUCUUCACAGUGGUUUUCUUCAUGUAUGUACUCACAAUCACUGGCAACAUCCUCAUCAUUGUCAUCAUCCUCCGGGAUGGCCGUCUGCAUACCCCCAUGUAUUUCUUCCUGGGGAACCUCUCCUUCCUGGAGAUCUGGUACAUCACCACCCUGGCACCAAAGAUGCUGGCUAACUUCCUGGUCCAGAAAAGGUCCAUCUGCCUCCGAUGCUGCUUAACACAAGCUUUUUUCCACUUUUUCCUGGGUGCCACUGAGUUUUUUCUGCUAGCUGCCAUGUCCUUUGACCGGUACCUGGCCAUCUGUGACCCGUUGCAUUACACUGCCAUCAUGAGCAGUGGGCUCUGCUGCCGCUUAGCCCUGGGGUCCUGGCUGGGGGGCUUUUUGACAGUCUUUGUGCAGACCAUCCUGGUAUGUCAGCUCCCUUUCUGUGGCCCAAACCUCAUCAAUCAUUUUUACUGUGAUGUGGGACCCUUGCUGACUCUGGCAUGUGCUGAUACCCGCCUGAUUGAACGGAUUGUGUUUGUGGUUGCCACCUUGGUCCUGCUGAGCUCCUUCACCUUCACUCUGAUAUCAUAUGUCUUCAUCAUCUCCACCAUCCUGAGGAUCCCUUCCACUCAGGGACGGCAGCGGGCCUUUUCCACCUGUACGUCCCACCUUACCGUAGUCUCCAUCCUGUAUGGGACCGUCAUCUUCAUGUACGUAAGGCCCAAAGUGAACUCCUCCUUGGAGCUGAACAAAGUGGUGUCUGUGUUGAACACAGUCAUAACUCCCCUCCUCAACCCUUUCAUCUACACACUGAGGAACAAAGAUGUCAAACAGGCCUUGAAAAAAGAGCUGUGUGCAAAGAAGUACUCAGUUACAGUAUUGAAAAGAGCCAAUUCCCACCUGCUGUGAAGUGCUACUGCUGUAGUGAAGUCAAGGAACCAGAUCCCCAACUGGGUGUAGGCUAGCAUGGUUCCUCUGGAAUCAAAGGGGCUGAUCCCCCAUGGCUGACAAUAAGCACGGGUGCAUGACAUAUAUUUGGGUUAUGUUUAUAUUUUAAAUCUUUAGAACCAACAGAAUAGUAAGGAUUUGCCCCCAUGAUGAUUUGCAUCAGAAGAGGCAGCUGAAGGGUUUUUUUUUUUAUAGAAGUGAGGUAUCUAAAGUCAGAUUCUACCCCACCUUAUUAGCUAAACAGACAUAGAUUCACAAAUGUGAAUUGCUCCACUCUGCUCAAGUCCCUGCAAACUAGUUAAUGAAAAGAGGAGCAAGUCCUCAUCCUCGCUGCUGCUUUUGGGACUUGCACAGGUGACUGGAUGCUACAAAAGUAGAUGCACUAACAUUUUCAGGACGUGGACAGAAGAUUCACACUUAGGAAAAGUCUACUUAGAAGCCUAAUAAGUGGAAUAGAGUCUGGCCCCUCUGUCUUA